AUGGUCGAGAAUUGCUGGACUAGACCGGCAAUGGGAUUCAACCGGCCCAAGGAGACCGACACAUAUCUUCCGGGCGAAUCAAUACCGAUGGAAGUAUGGCCUGGAAAGACAUACGACUCCUGGAAGGAUCUAAAAUUGAAUUUAUGGUUCCAACACCACCAGGAUCCGUCGUCUUUCACGAACAUAAACAUCACUAUCUGGGACGGCGAAAUAUUUCCCUACGGCGAACCUAAAAAUAAUUGCCAAAGCUCAUUCUUCACACCGGGAUGGACUAUCCCCGCCGACCUAAACACCGACGGAGAGUCAUAUUUUAUAAUCGCCGCCCGGGUAUGGAACGAUAGUUGGAGCGAGUCAUUCGAGAGCCCAAGUUUCAAGGUUCUGUCGUCCGAUCUGCCCCCGUCGUCGAACUCGAAAGACCAGAACACACGUUCAACGACUAGGUCGAUAGCGGCAACUGAAACUUCCACAACGUCUCAUUUGUCCAACGUGCACCUCGCGAGCGCCGCCAUAGGUGGAGCAAUUGCCGCCUCAGUCUUCGUCGCUCUGGUCCUGCUUUUGCUCGUGUGCUUUCUUUGGAGGAGACAAGGGCGGCGGAGAACCGCUGCUCAGAGGGAUAACCCGGAUGAGCGUGAAGGGCUCGAUAAUGCAGGGCUUUAUGGCGCGACGGCGGCGACGAGGAGAAGUACCGCCCGGGCGAUUGUUAGAACCACUUCGUUAUGA